CCACGACUACAAAUUGGAGGUUAAAGCACAAUCACCUGGAAUGGAGGCGUGUGAUGAUGUCUAUAUACAGCAGCCAACCGAGUCAAGGGCUCGAGAUAGGAGAGCUGUUGUUGAGAAAUCGAACACAACACUAUUCAUGACACUGACAGGAAUGGACGAAUACAAUGAAUUUUCUUUCAAUACUACACUUGGGGAUACAACUACUGGCGGAGAACACAUGCUUACUCCCUGUAAAACCGUGCUUCUGAUGGUAGGUUUUGCAUUGAUGCUUGGAAAUCUAAUGUGAUUCCUACCUUCAGUCAGACAGUAAUAAAUUAGUUUGUGACAAUACUGCCGAAUGUGCUGAGUAGCUAUAGUUUGAGACAUACAUUGUAUUACUUUUAGUUUUUUAACCACAUUCUUCCCCCUAUUAUUGAUGUGUAGCAUUCUUAUAUAUACC